GAGUCCUUAAACCCAUUCCACGUGUUUAACAUCUGCGGCCAACGUUCGAAAGGGAACGCUGAACGUACACUCUCCACUCGUCCGAUAUUACGAACGUCGGUUAUCGGUUGUCACGGGAGCCCGUCGAGACGAUAAACGUACCACUUUUGGAGAUUUCAAACCUCCGAUAGCUCGUAUAGAGAAGGAAAGCUACAGCAGAAGGUUGGAAGAGAGCCUAGACCGCGUACGGCCAGAGUUGUCGAAGGGUGAACAUGGCGGGAGUGUGGCGUCUCGGUUUGCUGUUAGCAGGAGCCUUUGGCCUCGCCUCGUGUGCUGGAUAUUCCUACGAUACCUAUUACUUCACCACCAAGGUCGAUCACUUCGGCUACGCCAACAACGACACCUUCAAGAUGCGGUAUCUGGUGGCGGAUCAAUACUGGGACCACGACGGGGGUCCCAUCUUCUUCUACACGGGCAACGAGGGGGACAUAGAGGUGUUCGCGAACAACACCGGCUUGAUGUGGGACUGGGCCCCGGAAUUCAAGGCUCUCCUGAUUUUCGCUGAACAUCGCUACUACGGAAAGUCCAUGCCGUACGGAAAGGAAUCCUUCGAGGGUCCGAGUCGCCAUGGAUACCUGACGGUAGAACAGGCCCUUGCGGAUUACGCGGAUCUGUUGACGCACUUCAAGGCACAUGUCCCAGCAGCUGGAGACAGCAAGGUGGUUUCCUUCGGGGGAUCCUACGGAGGCAUGCUGGCAGCCUGGUUUCGUCUCAAGUAUCCCCACGUGACCACGGCUGCCCUGGCAGCAAGCGCGCCCAUACUGCAGUUUACGGGGAUCACGCCCUGCAAUGCCCUCAACGAAGUGGUGACAAAGGCCUUCGCCAAAGAAUCGGACCAAUGCACUAGUGCGAUCCGAACAUCUUUCGAAGUCAUGAGGAACCAAGCGGCAACAGAGGAAGGUGCCAAGGCUCUGGAAGAAAAGUUCCGUCUGUGUCAGGCGCUUGCCCCCAGCAACUACACGGUGCUCAGGGACUGGUUCGUGGACGUCUACACCAACCUCGCCAUGGUGAACUACCCGUACGCCAACGAGUUUCUUGGGCCGGUUCCUGGACACCCCGUCAAGGAGGCGUGCAAGUUUCUCGAGAAGAACUUCACAGACGACCAGUCGCUCCUUGACGGAAUUUACCAAGCCAUCAGCGUCUUCCAGAAUUACACCGGCCAAACCCACUGCAACGAUCUGACCAACAGUGCCGGAACGCUCGACGCCGGCGGUUGGGACAUACAGUCGUGCAACGAAAUGGUCAUGCCAAUGUGCAGCAACGGGAAAACGGACAUGUUUUUCGACAAUCCCUGGAUCAUUGAGAAUGUCACAGCAAAAUGUGAGCAGAAGUUUGGUCUCACUCCCGACGUCGACAAGGCGGCACUCAUAUUCGGAGGAAAGAACAUCUCAGCAGCGUCAAACAUCAUAUUCAGCAAUGGCGACAUAGACCCCUGGUCUGGUGGUGGAGUGCUGAAAAGCCUGUCGGACAGCCUGAUCGCCCUGUACAUGACGGAAGCAGCACAUCACCUUGACCUGCGGUCUUCUAAUCCGGCCGACCCCGAGUCGGUUGUCGCCGCCAGGAUAGUGGAGAAAAUGUACAUCAAAAAGUGGCUCUGCGAAGCACAGGCAUCUGCCUAGGAAGCUUUGGAGGUCAUCAGUCCUCAGAAAAGAAGGCAGAAGCAAUGACAGCUUGUGUUCAUGCGUUCAGCCCCGUCGUUCAUAUUACACAAACAAUUCUGAACAUUAGGGCCACUACAAUAUCAGAGGCACAUUGAAAUAACAAUAAAAGUUUUUUGCUUUUUUUUACA